UAAACCGAUUGAAUAGCGGUCCGAACCGUAGUACGAGCGAGAAAAUUCCUAUCAAUCGCAUUGUGGACUGCAAGCGCAAUCAUGGCGGCGAUCUACAACCUCUUCAUCAUCAACAAAUCGGGGGGUCUCAUCUUCUACAAGGAUUACGGAUCGGCCGGGAGAAUGGACACAAACGAUAGCUUGCGACUCGCAAGCCUUUGGCACUCGAUGCACGCCAUCUCACAGCAGCUUUCCCCUACCGUGGGAUGCCAAGGCAUUGAGCUUCUGCAGGCCGAUAACUUUGAUCUCCACUGCUUCCAGUCGCUCACAGGAACCAAAUUUUUUGUGGUUUGUGAAACUGGAGCUCAGCAUAUGGAAGGGCUGCUGAAAGUCAUUUAUGAGCUAUACACAGAUUUUGUGCUGAAGAAUCCUUUCUAUGAGAUGGAGAUGCCUAUCCGAUGUGAGCUCUUUGACAUCCAUCUUUCUCAAGCUGUUCAGAAAGAUCGAGUUAUUUUACUUGGGAGGUGAAAAAAAUCAAGGGAUAAUUACAUAUAGAACCCCCCGAAAAAUUAAUAUUUACAAAUUAACCCUCCGGAUGAUUUUUUUUUAUCCACCGAACCGAUGUAUUUACCCAUGCCACGCUCAAAUCAUCGAGAAUGCGGUAAAAAUGAAUCAUGAAUUUUGAAUUUUGAAUGAGGAUUUGAAAAAUGGAUGAAAGAUGGUGGUUGAUUUGUAAAUAGCAAGUUUUGGGUAGACUGUUAUGUAAUUUGCCUCCCUUUUUAAAUUUUUGGUUGAAAUAUAAGCUGUUUGUGUGGAUUAGUCUGUUUCUUUCAAAGAGAUUGAUUGGUUUGACUGAAUGAUCCUUUUGUUUUUGUGUAUUUACAUUCAUACC